AUGUCUGUCUCCGCCUCGCCAUGUCCAGGUAACAGUAUAACCAUCCGGGAUUCAGUAACGGGGCACGUUCAGUGCCAGGACUGCUUGGUGUGUCCGGCGGGGCAGGGUCUCUCUGUGGACUGUGGUGAUGUAAUAUCACCACAGACACCCAUCGUUUGUAAGCCAUGUGAGCUAGGGAGAACUUAUUCAUCUAAAAGCGAAGCCGGGGCGUGCAAGAGUUGUAUGCAAUGUGGAGAAUAUCGAGAGACUAUCAGUUCUUGCACCCUGACCUCUGAGGCAGUGUGCGGGACGAACUGUAAGCUUGGAGCUUACCCAGAAGAUAUGCUUAGCAUGUGUAGACCGUGUUCCGCUUGCUGCAACGACGAGGAUGAUAUCAUUGAGCCUGAGUGUCAAGUGCCGGGGGUGCCUAAAAACAAGCAGUGCAGCGAGCUUAGAUCAGAGAAGUGUAGCGAGGUGAUAGCUAAUGUGAGUGUCAGUAAAAGGGUACUUGACGCGGAGGCCAAUCUCUCCGCGUCAUCAUUGGCAACCUGA